AUGUCGCCGGAUGAGCUGCUUCAAAAGUAUGAGGGCCAAAUGGUCCAUCAGCAGUUCAACGCUGGUUUCGUUGUGCUCAGCUACAUUGUCAGUCUCAUCGGCGCAGGGUCGACACUGGAACUGAUCAACCGCCGCACCGGGCUAAAGGGUCUCUUCAAUAAUGUAAUUCUCGCCAGUGCUGCUGUGACAAUGGGAGGCGUCUCCAUCUGGUCGAUGCACUUUGUCGGCAACAGAGCUAUUGUAUUGGGGGAUAACGAGCCUGAGAUCCAAAUCGCCUACUCUACGCUCUUUACAGUCAUUUCCUUCUUUGUCCCUAUUCUUGUGUUGCUCCUCACCUUCAUCGCUAUCGGCAAUAGUAUCUCAUGGGUUCGCAUAUCGCUCGGUGGCUUCUUAUGCGGUUCUGCUGUCUGUGGUAUGCAUUAUCUCGGCAAUGCCUCGAUCGAGAACUACACCUGCACCUACAGAAUAGGCUAUGUUAUUGGCGCCGUGUUGAUUGCUCUGACUGCGAGUACCGUCGCCCUCUCCAUCUUCUUCAUCUUUCGCUCCAUGUGGGCCAACGCCUGGUGGAAGCGACUCUUGUCUGCCCUGCUGCUAGCUGGCGCCGUGUCUGGCAUGCACUGGUGUGCCGCUCUUGGAACCGAGUAUACUCUUGUGUCUAUUCAGGCAGGGGCUGGUGACCAUGUGCAAAACUCAACGAUUAUCAUCAUCGUCAUCAUCUGCUUGGCGAUUGCCGCUUGUCUGACCAUUGCUGGGCUGGUGGUUUAUUCUACGAGGAAGAUGAACCAGACGGCCCAAAAAGCACAGAAGAUCUCACUCGCUGCUGCCGUAUUUGACAAGGAAGGUAGAAUCUUGGUUGAUAGUGAUGGCCUUCUUCCCAGCACUACCAUCACCGAUUCCUUUAUUCAAGUGGAGGACCAGCAGCCAUUUACUAUCGCCCACCCUUACUUCCUGUGGAUGUUCCAAGCAACCAGGAACCUGUCUGGUCUCUCUGGUCUCAUCAACGGCAUGAAGAGGCAUAUCGCCCAAAAUACUCACAAACAGACCGAGAAAUCCCCCGCUACUUACGAUCAAGGCCUUCUAAUCCGAGGCCAGUUCUGCCUUGCCUCUGUACGACUUGCCGAUCGUCUUCGACAGGACUAUUCAUCUGCUGGAGUCUUGUGGGACGAGAUCUUGGUCACCGGCACUGCCCGUCGUUCCACCGAUUCCUCCAGGGCCAACUUGCAGAACCUGUAUGAGAAGUACGCCACUUUGCACCUGCAGUCCGGACAGGGAUCUCUCAUGUUUCUCGUCCAUCACGUCCAAAAUGAGCGUGAAUACACACAGCUUACCAUGGCCGGCUACCGUUUUGCUGAGAUAGAUCAUGUAAGCGACAUCAUUGCAUCCAAUAUGCAAAUCAAGUCGAUGGGAUUCAGAGCCAAGUUGCGUCAGAUGGCUCAAUACGCCGACCACCAGGAGAGAACCACCGGCGUCCAGAUGGGUUUCUUCGGCAUCCGACCUAACACCUCGGGAUUCGAUGUCUAUGUUAAGAGACUUGGACGAUACUCACUCCCCUCAGUCAGUAUUCCGCUUCCUAAGCUGGAGUCAUGGCAUAUGGCGACCUUGCAGCAAUUCUAUGGGAUGACCGUAGCAGCUAUUUCCGAAACUCUUGAGGACAUCAACAUGCCAACCGAGAGAGAGACCGAAUUUCUUGGGCUUUUCAGAACGAGGCUUAAGAGUCUCCAACAACUGCUUCAUGAUCCUCUUUUCGAGGACGCUGUUCUUGUCCCAGGAGUAGUUGACCUGCCUAAGCGGGGAUCAUCCGGGUUUUCAUCCUCCAGCACAAUGCUAACGUUCCGGAUCGUGGCUUCGGCCCAGUCCGUUGCCAGCAACACAGACUACGAAUAUAUUCCUUUGAAUCUUUUCAAUGUGUACCAAUUAAUCAAGACAGCGGAGGGACAACUAUCGUUCAUCCACGGUGUCGACACUGAGUUUGAGUCUAUCAUCAAAACCCAGCACUCUCGAGAUCAUCACGAUGAGGACAAAUACUCUCAAACGAGAAAGCAGAGCUGCAUAAGCUCAUGGGACGAGGAAGAAGGGAUAGAAGGCAAAUCUAUCGGUCGGCCAUCGACCCUCUCUUCUACUCGGUCUGGUUCGACCGCAGAUCUCUAUCAUUCACCGAGGCUUGGCAGCAGGCAUUCUAAGAAGCAGCAUGUCAAUGUACGCGAGCUAGACGCCCCUGUUGAAGAGAACUCGGAUAUCGAACUACAGGCCAAUGACCACGACAGAGUAGCCACACCCACGCGUUCAGGAGGCUAUGGUGGCUAUGACACGUAUAUUGACCAGCUGCUACGAGAGGCAUUGGAGAGCUCAGAGUGGAAGAGCUAG